GCUGUAAGCGCCGAGCUGCUCUCACUCAGUGGGCGACUUCUCACUACUGCAGUUCGUUAACACACUGAAUCAAACGGAGCGCUAACCACGACACACGCAUCAUGACGGAGAGCAGCACGGCAGCGAAAUGCCGACCCAACGCUGGAGUAUGAUGAAGCGGUGUUAAAUAAGCGGAGCCGAUCCUGUGACAUGUCAAGAGCGCAUUUUCAUCUCCCCAAGCCGAGAGCGUUUAUCCCUCUGCUCAGAUGCUGAUGAUGGUAGCGCAACCUGCGUGAUUUCCUGCUGGAACUUCCCGAUUUUGCUUCCUUUUAGCUGAGAUUCAGCCCAACUGACAGAAUGAUUGAGGAGGCCAGCAAGAGUGGCAAGGUCACAGUGGAGAAGAGACAGCUCUUCAUGGAAAUGAGAGCCCAGAACUUUGAUGUUAUCCGCCUGUCAACCUAUCGGACAGCAUGCAAGCUACGGUUUGUUCAGAAAAGAUGCAAUCUUCAUCUGGUGGAUGUGUGGAACAUGAUCGAGGCGUUUCGUGACAACGGGCUCAGUACUCUGGACCACAACGCAGAGAUCAACGUGUCACGGAUGGAGACCAUCCUCUCCUCCAUCUUCUACCAGCUGAACAAGCGUCUACCUACCACCCACCAGAUCAAUGUAGAGCAGUCCAUUGGCCUGCUGCUCAACUUCAUGGUGGCCACCUACGACAGUGAAGGCCAUGGAAAGCUCACAGUUUUUGCCAUGAAGUCGAUGCUGGCAACCAUGUGUGGAGGAAAAAUUGUCGAUAAAUUACGAUAUAUUUUUUCUCAGAUAUCAGACUCCAGUGGGACGAUGGCGUUUGCAAAGUUUGACCAGUUUCUCCGGGAGGUCCUGAAGCUGCCGACGGCUGUGUUCGAGGGUCCGUCAUUCGGUUACACGGAGCACUCAGUGAGAACAUGUUUCCCUCAGCAGAAGAAGAUAUUAUUGAACACCUUCUUGGAUAUUAUGAUGGCUGAUCCUCCCCCACAGUGCCUCGUCUGGCUACCUCUCAUGCACCGACUGGCCAAUGUAGAGAAUGUCUUCCAUCCAGUGGAAUGCUCCUACUGCCGGAGCGAGAGCAUGAUGGGUUUCCGCUACAGAUGUCAGCAGUGCCACGGCUACCAGCUUUGCCAGAACUGCUUCUGGCGCGGCCAUGCCAACGGUCCCCAUAGCAACCAGCACCAGAUGAAGGAGCACUCCUCGUGGAAAUCCCCAGCCAAGAAGCUGAGCCACGCCAUCAGUAAGUCUCUGGGGUGUGUGCCAAUAGGAGAACCCCCACACCCUGUGUACCCAGAGGCAUCCGAGAGACCACAGGACCUUGCACACCCUACUCAGCUGAAGCCAGUGUCCAACAACAUGAACGAUACAGUUCUUGUGUCCUCUGGGGCCCCCACGCCCACCACCAGCACCACUCUGGAGAGUCCCAGCAGGCUGGAUGAGGAGCACCGUCUUAUUGCCCGCUAUGCUGCUCGUCUGGCAGCUGAAGCCAGCAAUUCUACACAAUGCCCUCCUAGCGACCUGAGCUUCAACUUCGAUGCCAACAAGCAACAGAGGCAACUCAUUGCUGAGCUCGAGAACAAAAACAGGGAGAUCCUUCAGGAAAUCCAGCGGCUGCGUCUGGAACAUGAGCAAGCCUCUCAGCCCACACCAGAGAAAGCUCAACAGAACCCCACUCUCCUGGCGGAAUUACGACUGCUCCGGCACAGAAAAGAUGAGCUGGAAAAGCGCAUGUCCGCUCUACAGGAAAGUAGGAGAGAGUUGAUGGUCCAGUUGGAAGGGCUCAUGAGACUGCUAAAGGAUGAAGAGCAGAAGGGCGCUCAGACAGGGGGCUCACCCCAUUCCUCACCCAGCCACAGUGCCAGUUGCACCAUGCCCAUGCCCAUCCGCUCCACCUCCGCCGGCUCCACACCUACUCACACACCACAGGACUGCCUGGCCGGUGUCAGUGACGAUGUACUGGAUGCCUUCUCUCAGGGUGUACCUAGAAAUCUCCGUAAUGAUCUUUUGGUAGCUGCGGACUCAAUCACGAAUACCAUGUCAUCGUUGGUUAAAGAGCUCCACUCAGUUGAUGAUGGUUUGGAAGACGAGGAGGUGAACAUGAGGAACGGAAGGGAAAAAGCUGAGUCUGAGUAAAACAGUAUGGAAUUUUACAUUGUCAGCACAGAGGCAUUAUGGGAACAGGCACUCCACCCCGUCAUUCUAAAUGUCUGGAUGUGACUGGCAAGGACCAGCGACAGCAAAACCCUUCCUGGCAUUAGCACAUAAAGUAAUGCAUGCUCUUCCCAGCCAGGUUUCACUAUGUGAAAUGAACACUUCAUCACAUUUUGCAGAGAGCAAGCUGUAUCUACUAAGGAGAAUAUAAAUAUAUAUAGCGCUAUAUGUCUUAUCUGUAUAAACCUGUUGUAAUUAUGUAACAUUUUCAUUGUCAUGUCUGCAAGGGAAUGGCUUGUUUGUGCUUUGUCACAUCGAAAAACUUUUGAUUUCAGUCUCCGAAACGGUCACACUGUGCAUAGUCGGUGUUAACACUGGGAACAACUCACUGAUCUCAGCUGCAGCUCUUUCCUAUAGGUGUCCUCCUCAGAUAACGAUUUUGUAGAAUUAGUGAUAAUGUUUUCGUUUGUGUUGUUUGAGUUUUGCAUGACGUUUCAUAAAAGGAGGACCCUUGUCUUUGACCUGCAUGUGACGUUUAAUUUGACUGUGGUGAGCGUGGGAGUCCUUCCUCUCACCCACUCUGAUCAUGUUCAUCCAAACUGCUGCUAGUCCACUCAACCCAUGAUAAAGCACUAGGUCAGAGCUCUCUUAUAAAGCCAGGUGUUUGUCAGGGAAUCUCUGUGAGGAUGCUACUUUGAACCACUUGUUACCGUAUGUUGAUAUAUGUUUUUAAUUCCAUCUUCAAAUUGUACAUCCCUCGAAAGCCUUCCAGUCGCUUCUCAGUCACAUAGAUCCAAACGGUGGUGCAUUAAAAACAAAACAAACAAAACAAAGGCAGUCUGUUUCAAAGAGUUUAAAGGGAAAAGAGGUAGUUAUAGCUGUUUACCAGUACUGUUGGAGUGAAAAAUGACUUUCUGUUAGUCACUUCAAAAGCUUUUUAGUCAGUAGUCAUGCUCUAAAUAAGUGAAACUGGUGCUCAGGGACUAGGGAUAGUGGCAAAGAAAGAAGCGAACAAAUCAUGGCAUUGACUUCAGCCCAGGAAGGUUUGCAGAUCAAAGAUUAGCACAGACCAUAAAAUCUUUAUAGAUUGGCCUGAUUGGCCGAUGGGAGUCAACAGAGCUGUAGUAGGAAGUUCCUGCUGGACUGUGUAGAGAGAAGAUGGAAUGUACAGUGGUGAAAUAGAGGAAAUAUUUGAGGAGGGUGGGUGGAUGGGGAUAGAGA